AUGGCCGCUCCUUCCACUAAUGAGAAUGUACGUCAACUGGCGCAGCAGCUGGUCAAUCCAUUGUCGUCAGGUGGCCUUCAACCUCCUGCACGUUCAACUCCAAUUGUUCCCUUGCCAAACGAGCCAUCGACGUCGAUGCACACAGCCCCUAGUGCACCAGCUGGCGAACCAAGCUUUACAAACGCGUUGAUGGACAUGAUCUUAUCUUUGCAAAAUCAAAUGCAAGAAAUGCAACGUGCGAAUCAAACUCAGCAGCGAACAGCAGAUAACACAGAGAACGAAGACGAACAACAGCAAACGCGUAAGCGGAAAAGGGGAAAAAGUUCUUCAACAAGUACUGUAACAUGUCCUGAACAGUUAUCUAGUACCACCAUUGAUGCAGAUGUGCCAAUUUCAAGUCCAGCAGAUGAUAAACCGAAGCAAACACACAAAAAGAAGAGAGCAAAACAUUCAACUACUGCCAGCAGCAGCACAGAGGUAACGACCACAAGCCCUGUCGACGUCACUAAACAAGAGAAACCAGAGGAAGAGCCUAAAACAAAGCCGAAAAAAAACAAGAAACCAAAAAAGGACAAAGUAUAA